CUGUUCUUCUGUCAAAACAACUCUGGUCACGUGGGUCGCUGACGUAGCGUUCUCCGCUCUGCGCUGGUGCAGAGGGGGUUUCCAUCAUGGCGUCGAUGCAGAAAAGGCUACAGAAGGAAUUGUUAGCCCUGCAAAAUGAUCCACCCCCAGGAAUGACCCUCAAUGAGAAAAGUGUACAAAACACCAUCACACAGUGGAUUGUAGAUAUGGAAGGAGCGCCUGGGACUCUGUAUGAAGGAGAGAAGUUUCAGCUACUUUUCAAAUUUAGUGGUCGAUAUCCUUUUGAUUCACCCCAGGUGAUGUUCACAGGGGAGAAUAUACCUGUUCAUCCGCAUGUGUAUAGCAACGGUCACAUCUGUUUAUCUAUUCUGACAGAAGAUUGGUCACCAGCGCUCUCAGUGCAAUCUGUUUGUCUUAGCAUUAUCAGCAUGUUGUCCAGCUGCAAAGAAAAGAGACGGCCACCAGAUAACUCUUUUUAUGUAAGAACGUGUAACAAAAAUCCAAAGAAAACAAAAUGGUGGUAUCAUGAUGAUACUUGCUAAUGUACAAACUUUCUAUUAAUGGUAGAAGACGCAGCCCUACUGACCUACAUGAAGCACUUUUUAAUCCUUCAGUCUUUGAACUCUGACUUGUGACUGGAACAUUGGAAACCAAGCGCAGGACUGCCUAUCCCCCCCACCCCACCCCACCCCCCACCGUGGACAGUCGGCUGCAUGUUUUUAGUUUGCUGUAACAUAGAAAGUGGAAGUAAAUGAACAUUUGGAUGCACCCACACAAUAUGGUUUGUGGCGAGACAGCCACAGUGCAGCGAGCAGGAAAGGAAGAGUUGUGGUGAGCUAAUUAUAAUUCCUGUUUUAAGAUUAUUGUUACUUUUUUUUCCGUUUGUAUUUAGGUGCAUUUUAGGGUUUUGUGUCGUGCAAUAAUAACUGAUGGAUGCAUGCUUGGGCCUACAAAGACAAAAAUCCAAAUCCAGUCAUCAUCUUGAAGGAGUCUAACCAUCAAAACCCCAAGAAAAUGCAUCAUCCGUUUAGUUUUUUUUCUCCUUUCACUAUCAUUGUUAUGCACUGUGAAAUGAUUUAGUUUCAAAGAACCUGUGCACAUUUAUCCCCCCAACUUGCAGAUGUACUGUAAGAAAUCCUCCACCUAUUUAUCAGGUUUAAGGCUUUUAGUUUCAAAGUACAAACAGUUUCCACCUUGACACCUGAUGGCAGUUCUUCCUGCUGUUGUUGCUACAGAUGGAACUAAAGUGAUAUUAGAUCUAAAGUUAUUUAAUGACCUCACUGUACAUCUCCACUCGUGGUUCGGGGUAGUUGUCAGUAGUCCAGCCUUCAAGAUGUGCAGCAGCUUAUCUUCCAUUUAAAGAAUGUCUGUAGGGAAACAUUGUUGCAGGAUUCUUUUUUGUUUUUUAAUUUGUACAAUACUUUUUUUAAAUAUAGGCUUUAAUUUUUUCUUCCUCUAAACUAUUUGAUUUUAAGUGUAUGUUUUUUUUUGUAUUCUUGUUUUGCCCUUAGCCGAUACUUUAAAUGGGGGAUUAUAGUAACAAUUGAGGGUUCUUGUUUUUUUUUUAUUUCUUUCCUAAUUGUUACUUAAUUGAAAUCCUCAUUUGAUCUCCAGUGCAGCAGUGAAUGAUAAAAUGAGGCUUUGUUGGAGUUGUAUAGAGAAGGCAUUUGUGAUUUUUUUUUCUUUUUUUUUUUUUUUCUUCCCCUCCUGGUCAGAGUUGUGACUCAGGUACUUUUUCAAUAAAGAGAUCACCUCUAAAAAAAAACAACAAAAAAAAGAGAGAAAACUAUCGUAUAUUUUGAAUUAAACUAUAUUUGCACCAAAAGAGACUGUUAUGCUGUAAACUUAUAACAUGUCUAAAACUCUUGUAUGCUUUAGAACUAUUGGAUGAUGUGAAAAGGUUUGGCAGAUGGUACAUUAACUUCCUAGCUGAGGGAUGAGAUGAGUGCUUAUUUUACUGAAAAUUAGUCGACAUCGACAUCUUUCACUACAUUUUUUGCUGCGUACAGUCAGCGAUAAACUUGUACUAUAGGGGCGCAUGCAGUUUUGAUAUUCUGAUUUUGACACUAGACUUUCCAGAAAGUAGAUGAGUCGUUGGGGGGGUAUUACUACACUUCCAACCAGAGGAUUUGGUCAAUUCAGGCUGUAAUCACUCCAUUCCUCAAGCAAAUGUUUAUCACCAUCCAGUCGGAGAUACUUGAAUUUUCCUUCUAUUUUUUUGUAUUUAUGCCUACUUUUUUCCUCCCGUCGCCUGGUGUUCUUCCUUGAUUGAACUAGAGUGAAUGUGACUAUAAUCUUUAUUGUACAAGCAGUUAAAACAGCACACAUUGUUCUAGAAAUUAUAUAGAUAACUUAAAGACUCUUGAAUUUUUUUUUCUUUGCUUUUCUGCAGUGGGUGUUGUCCAAUGUGUAAAUGCAGUCAUGAAAGCAUUCGUGCAACAAGCAGUAGAUCAAAGGACAUCUUCAUCUGUUGGGAGUGAUUAUGUUACAAGGGUUUGGAUGUGAUUUCUUUAUUUUUAUUUUUAAAACAAUGCUACCCCCUUUUUUUUAUUUAAUUUGUUGUUUUCAAUGUGGGUUUGGACUCUUAGCUUGCAGACUCUUAUGAGUGAAAACACUAAUGAGGGUGAGUUAUUUAUAUUUAAAAUGUUAUUUUGGGAUGUGCAAGCUCCAUGUAAUAGGUGCCUGUUCAUUUUCAUAAUCAAUAAAAGCAAAGAUUCACUUUUAUUCAACAUUUGGUUUGCACCAAAACA